AUUAAAAAAAUAAAGUAAUAUGUUAAUAAAUGGAUAUUUAAAAUAAAUUGUGAUAUAAAAUGGAUGUGUUUGCAAAGCUACGAAACACUGUUAGCAACACAAUUUCCAACACUGUACAAAAUACUGCUUAUGGUUUAUCACAAUUAUCAAAUGUUCUUCCUGGUAAUCCAGUAACUAGAGAAUUUGAAGUAACUACUCACAUAGCAAGUGCGGGACCAUCAUUGCUAUGGAAAGUUUACAAUGGUUAUAAAAAAUCUACAAAACAAGAAGCUGCGAUCUUUGUAUUUGAAAAACGUAUUUUAGAUAAGUUUUCAAAAAGUGAUAAAGAAUCUAUCUUAGAAACUUUAAAAAGAGGUGUUGCACAAUUAACAAAAUUACGUCAUCCACAAAUUUUAACUGUUCAACAUCCUUUGGAAGAAUCAAGAGAUAGUUUAGCAUUUGCAACUGAACCUGUGUUAGCUAGCUUAGCUAAUAUUUUGGGAAACCAUAAUAAUUUAUCACAACCAGUACCAAUAGCAUUAAAAGACUAUAAACUGCAUGAUGUUGAAAUUAAAUAUGGACUUUUACAACUUGGAGAAGGCCUUGCAUUUUUACAUGGAGAUGUUAAAUUAUUACACAGAAACCUAUGCCCAGAAACUAUUGUUGUUAAUAGUCAUGGAGCAUGGAAAAUUUUUGGAUUUGACUUUUGUGCGUUAAAUCAAAGUGCUGAAGGUAAACAACCUCAAUGGUCAUAUGUGGAAUAUGACAUAUCAGCUCCAUUUGUAGCUCAGCCAAAUUUAGAUUAUCAAGCACCAGAAUGUAUUUUAGCAAGUAGUGUUGGUACAGCCAGUGAUAUAUUUUCUUUGGGAGUGGUGACAUAUGUUUUACAUUCUCCAAUGCAUACACCUCCUUUUGAAUCUAACAAUGAUUUAUUAAAAUGCAAACAAUUUUUAGAAAAUUUUAAGAGUUCAACUAUCGCAGAUAUAUUCCUGCCAACUUCAGAUACUCUUAGAGAUACAGUUAAAUUAAUGUUACAUCAUAACCCUGAAUUAAGACCAGAUGCUCAUCAGUUUGUGAAGAUUGAAUACUUUAUGGAUAUAGGUGUCAAAACUUUGAAUUAUUUAGACAAAAUUUUUCAAUGGGAUAAUUUACAAAAAUCACAAUUUUACAAAGGAUUACCUCAACUUCUGAAACAAUUACCGCAUAGAGUUAUACUACAUAGAGUUCUUCCAGCAUUGUAUAAGGAAUUAUUUAAUCCUCCAAUGAUUCCAUUUGUUUUACCUAGCAUUAUAUAUGCAAUGGAAACAAGUUCUCUGGAAGAAUUUAGAGAAUAUAUUUUACCAAACAUUAAAUCAGUUUUGACGUUAGAUGAUCCACCACAAAUUAGUCUUGUCUUAAUGCAGCAUGCUGACUUAUUGUUAAAAUUAUGUACUACAGAAGUUAUAAAAACGGAUAUAGUCCCAAUGUUGUUACGUGCUUUAGAAUCUGAGUGGGAACAAUUACAAGAAUUAUGUUUAUCAGCUUUGCCAAAUAUUAUAACAAUGAUUGAAGGACCAGUAAUUAAAAAUGCAAUUUUACCUAGAAUGAAAAAAAUAUGCUUAUAUGGAAAAGGAAGCAGCAGCAAGAGUCUUGGAGUUAGAGUUAACUGUUUAUUAUGUCUUGCAAAAAUGUUACCUCACUUUGAUCGAUGGCUUGUACUCGAUCAGGUGUUACCUUUUUUACAGGAAAUUCCACACUCUGGAGAACCUGCAAUUCUUAUGGCUAUCAUAGGAAUUUAUAGGAUGCUAUUAAAUCAUAGUAAAUUAGGAACAAGCAAAGAAAUAUUAGCAACAAAGAUUUUACCAUUUUUAUUGCCUCUCUGUAUUGAACAAAAUUUUAGUUUGCCACAAUAUGAAAUUCUUUCAAAUCUUGUAAUUGAAAUGAUAAAUCGUGUUACAUCAGAGCACAAAGAAGCUUUAAAACAAUUAGAUGCCAUGCGUCGUGAGACUCAACAAUUAGAUCAAGAACUUUCACAGACCUCUACUAUUUAUAAAAAAAUUAAUUCACCCAAUGAUGAUAUAAAUAUAAUUCCUAUAGUUCCUAUGUCAAAUACAAGCACAAGUUUAAAGUCUCUACAGAUUGAAAAUGGAUUGACAAUGGAAGAUAAACUUCGAUUAAUUCAACAACAAGGAGUACAUCAAAGAUUACAAUCUCAAACACCCUUAACACCAACAGUUGUUCAAACUACAAAGCCUCCAGUAAAAGAUUUAACUGAUACUUUACUGAAAUCUAAUCUGGAUCAGUUAAAUUUUUCAAUGUCAAGUUCAAAACCUGAUUAUUCUUGGAAAUCACUAAAUUCAAAUCAAUAUCAACAUUUCAACCCACAAGGAAUGAAUAUACAAUUGAAUCAAAAAGGAAAUAUUUGUGUUCCAAAUUCAGUUAUUCCUCAAAAUAGUACUAAUUAUUCUAUGAACCAAGGAAAUAUUACACUUAAUAAGUCAGAGUUUAAUUCAAAUUUGAAUCCUAAUACAUAUAAUUUCUCUCUUAAUAAAUUAGAAUUUAAUUCAAAUUUGAAUUCUAAUUCAAAUCAAAAGGUAGAAAAAUUGCCUUCUUAUGAUGUAAUGGAUCUACUUAGUUAA